GGGAGGUGGAGCAGGGGACGGCCCGGGGACCAGGUGACCGAGAUGGGCCACAACUCCACGCUCAGCCCGCCAGCCCUGCAGCCCUUGUGGGAUCACGUCCUCCUGCAGCAGCGCUGGGCGGUGCAGAGCCCCGCGUUCCCCGUCCUCCUCUCCCUGUCUGGCUACCUCGCCUUCUGUCUGCCCUUCGCCGCCGCCGACCUGCUGGGGCCUCGACUGCCCGGCUUCCCCCGGUGGAAGAUGCAGCGCUGGCGCCCGGGACCUCGCCCCAUGGCCCGGUGCUUGGGCCGAGCCCUCUCCAACCACCUCCUCUUCGUGCUGCCGGCCGUGGGGCUGAAGGGCUGGUGGUGGGACCCUUCGGCCCCUCCGCCCGCUGCUGCCCCCACCCUCUGCCAGCUGCUGGCCGGCGUCCUGAGCUGCCUGCUGGUGUUUGACCUGCAAUACUACAUCUGGCAUGUGGUCCACCACUGGAACCGGCGGCUGUACCGGGCUGUACACGCCACCCACCACCGCUACGCUGCCCCGUUCUCCUGGGCAACCCAACAACUCGGGCCCUGGGAGCUCCUGACCGUCGGCUUCUGGAGCAGCACCACCCCGCUCCUCCUGAAGGUCCACCCGUUGACCAGCUGGGUCUUCAUGGUCUCCAGCGUCUGGCUCUCGGUGGAAGACCACAUCGGCUACGACCUCCCCUGGGGUCUCCACCGCCUGGUGCCCGGGGGGCUGGUGGGAGGGUCCCCGGCCCACGACCUCCACCACCGGGACCCCAACACCAACUUUGCCCCCUUCUUCACCCACCUGGACCGGGCAUUCGGCACCGCCUACAGCCACCAGACACAAGGCAGCCUCCAGUGGUGAUGAGACCCCCGGCCACCAGCGAGCGAACGAGGUGAUGCUGCUGUGGCUGGGUGUAGUCUGGACCAGAUGAUAGACUCAAGAUGCUGCCUGACAAGGAGUUUGAGCCGAGCUUGUGCAGACAUCAAGGAAACAUUUCCCCCAACUCGCUGCCCCUUCUUGUCCAAAACAGUCACUGGAGGAUCUUCAGCGGGUCGGGCAGCAUCUGUGGAGGGAAAUGGACGGAUGAUGUUUCGGGUCAGACUCGCUUCUUGCCCUUUGGUGGAUGAGGGGACUCGGCCUCUCUGGGUCCUUUGGGGGGGGGGGGGGGGCGUGUACGCUUCUACAGAUGGGCUAGUAGGCGGCAGAAGGAGGGAAUGGAGGUGGAGGUGGUGCCUGAUGCAUGGCCUCAAGGUUCUCAAUAGCAUCCUGAAGGCAUCUUCUACCCCCGACCCGCUGUGGACCACAGGUUCCCAACAAUGGCGCAGCGCCAGAGACCCGGGUUCGAUCCUGACCACGGCUGCUGUCUGUAUGGAGUUUGC